AUGUCAGAAACACUGGUUUUACAUCUCAGACUUCCUUCUGAGCGAUUUCGAGACACCUUAGAUUCUCUGAAAGAAAAAGAUAGCUCCCGCACUUCUUCGCCGACCCAAGCAUCGAAAACACAAGACAAACUUGCACAGCUGAAAAAGCCCAGGGCUCCUUAUGGAAUGGGUCCUAGAGCCAUUAGGCGAAGAGAAAAGGCCGAAAAGGAACGUCAAGGCACAACCAUUGAAGAAACGAAUGGUCCUUCCCAUCCCUCUUCUGGAAGCGUGACUCCUACGCAAGCUGCUUCUCGUUCUGCUCCCAAGGCAAAUGCUAAUUUGAUAAAUGCGGGUUUGCGAGCCCUCGACAGAUCUGGCAAACCUUGUCGAAAAUGGGAAAAGAAACCUAUUUCUAUUCGAAGUGUCUCCGCUACUGUCUGGAAACUUCCAACUUGGUUAGGGACUUCAGAUGUAAACGGUUUUGAAACUCCCUCUUCUUCUCCUAGAUCGAUGACUCAAGAUAGUCAUCAAGAGCAAAAUGAAUCAAUCCCUGCCAAUCCGGAAUCUAGCUCUACCGAAGUUGCCUCCCCUACCGAAUCAAUGGUCAGUUAA